AGCGGUAGCAGAUACAUCCUACUCCCGUCUCCUACUCACAUUAUUUAAUUGCACUCAGAUUUUUGAACGUUGGCCCAAACAGCGCGUCACUCUUUCUUUUAAAAUUCCAUCUUCCCCCGAAAGCUCCUUUACCAACUAGCCGUUAUUCCUCUGUAUCUCUCUCUCUCUCUCUCGCUCUCAUGGCAGCCUCAGUGGAUGAUACUCCAUCACCUGCUCAUCUCAACCAGGAGGGCACAAGCUUCAUGGGUUCGUCUCCUGCGUUCAGCCCCUCCUCGGAUAAGCGCUUCUGGAGCGCAUUACGCAGCAGGAUCGACACCCUUCUUGAGCAUCGUCAAAGCAGAAUCCCAGGCGAACCCUCUGUAUCCACCCAAUUGAUUUCCAGAGGAUCGGACCGAGCUAAGCGAAUGAAGGAAGACUCUUUGCUUCUGAUGAGAGGGUUUGAUUCCGUUGCCAACACUCUCUCCCUGCUAUCUAACAAUAUAGACAAUGCACUUCAGGGAGCAAGAGAUCUAGCUAAACCACCCACAUUGACUGAAAUAUUUCAAAGCAAUCUGAAUAACUCAGAUGGUAAAGAAGACGAUUCAGAAAAGGAACAAAAGGAAGCAGAGCUCAAGAAAGGAUUGAAAAGGAAGUUUGACCAAAGUCAUGCUUCAGAGGAUAAAGAAGAUGAAUCUCAGAAGGCAAAUGAUGAGCAAACCCUAAAAGAUGGGAAGCUGAACAGAGCCAAAAAUCUCGCAGUUUCAAUGGCAACAAAAGCGGCUUCGCUUGCAAGAGAACUCAAGUCAAUAAAGUCAGACUUAUGUUUUAUGCAAGAGCGAUGCGCGCUGCUCGAGGAAGAGAACAGGAGGCUCCGUGAUGGAUUUGCUAAAGGGAUAAGACCAGAUGAAGAUGAUCUGGUGAGGCUUCAAUUGGAGGCAUUGCUGGCGGAGAAAUCCAGAUUAGCUAAUGAAAAUGCCAAUUUAGUGAGAGAAAAUCAGUGCCUUCACCAACUUGUGGAGUACCACCAAAUCACCUCCCAAGAUCUCUCAGCAUCAUAUGAACAAUUUAUACAGGGAAUGUGCUUAGACUUCUCGUCUCCACCACCACCCAUACCAGAGGAGGCAGAUGAUGCUAAUUGUGAAGUUUUUCAAACACCUCAAGCUCAUCCUUUUAGCUUCUGCACCUCUCUCAAUGAGCGCUAUCACGAAGAGUAGUUUUGAGAAGCAAGUGUGCCAUAUAUAACUCAUCAUGUCAUCUGCAUUUGGAAUUGUGUUUUAUUUCAAAUGUACAUUUUGGAUUCCUAAUGAGACAAAAUAUUUAUUCUUAUAGGGUUUUUCAUUCACGUAAUAAAACAAUGAUUUGUUUACA